GCCCGCCCGCCCAGGAGCCUCCAUGUCCUCCGGAGCCGGCGGGGGCCAGAUCACCCGGUGAAGCCGCCUGCAGAUGAUGGGUACCACUGCCAGCACCGCCCAGCAGACAGUCUCGGCCGCAGCCCCCCAGUUCGAGAACCUGCCCGGCAACGGGACCAUGGACGACCGCCACUCCGUCAGCCUCCACUCCUUCCAGACCAUCGGCCUGCACAACAGCAAAGCCAAGUCCAUCAUCACCAACAAGGUGGCCCCCGUCGUCAUCACGUACAACUGCAGAGAGGAGUUCCAGAUCCACGAUGACCUGCUCAAGGCCAAUUACACAGUGGGGCGCAUCUCGGAGAACAGCCUGGAGCACUACCUGGUCCAGGGUAGGUACUUCAUAGUCCGGGACGUGCACAGCAAGCUAGACGUGCUGAACACCACCGGCUGCUGCGGUGCCCCCAACUUCCGCCAGGCCAAGGGCGGGUUUGCGGUGUUUGGGAUGGGGCAGCCGAGCCUUGGGGGCUUCCAACGUGUCCUACAGAAGCUCCAGAGCGAUGGCUAUAAGGAGUGCAUCUUCUUCUGCGUCCGCGAGGAGCCCGUCCUGUUCCUGGCCUCGGAGGGUGACUUCGUACCCCACACCCCCCGGGACAAGGAGAGCCUGUCUGAGAACCUGCACGGCUCCGGUCGGUCCACCCAGGUGGAGAGCUUGGAGCUGGCCAUCCGGAAAGAGAUCCGCGACUUUGCCCAGUUAAGCGAGAACACGUACUACGUGUACCACGACAUCGAGACCUUCCGGGAAGAGCCACACACCGUGCGCGUCCAGAGUGAGGAUGACGUCCGGGUGACCGAGGAGGUGUACAAGCGACCUGUCUUUCUGCUGCCCUCUUACAGGUAUCGCCGCUUGCCUCUACCAGUGGAUGGGGCGCCUCCGGAAGCCCAGUUUGAUGCCUUUGUCGCUUUUCUCAGGGAGAGCCCCAGCCUGCUGCUGCUCCAGACACCCAGUGCUCCGCCCCCGGCCCUGCUCUUCAGCUGUCAGACCGGAGUGGGCAGGACCAACCUGGGCAUGGUCAUGGGCACCCUGGUGCUGUACCACCGCCAAGGGGCAUCCAAGUGGGCAGACAGGGUCUCCUCCCCACCAGCCCCCACGUUGCCCCGGGAGCACCUCAGGCUGGUCCAGAACUUCAUCUCCAUGGUGCCCAAGGGGAGUCGGAUCGUGGAGGAGGUGGACAGCGCCAUCGCCUUCUGCUCCGAAUUGCACCACGUGAAGGAAGCCAUGCUGGAAAAUAAGAAGCAGCUGGAGGGGGCUGAGCAACAGGACCAGGCGCAGGGAAAGAGCGGCAGGGAGCUUAUCCUGCAGAAGACCCUGAAGAGUCUGGAACGCUAUUUCUACCUGAUCGCGUUCAAUUAUUACCUCCACGAACAGUACCCGCUGGCUUUUGCCCUCAAUUUCAGCAGAUGGAUGUGCGGGCACCCAGAGCUGUACCGACUGCAGACGAACAUGAUCCCGGUGGAGCUGGCGGGUACCGCAGAGCUGAUCGCCAAGGGGACACGUGUCCUGGUAGCAGAUGAGCGUUUUUCCCCCGAUGUGCUCAGCACCAUCAAGGAGAUGGACGUGGCCAACUUCCGCAGGGUCCCCAAGAUGCCCAUCUAUGGCACCGCGCAGCCCAGUUCCAAGGCCAUAGGAAGUGUCCUGAGCUAUCUGACUGAUGCCAAGAGGAAGUUCACCCACAUCCUGUGGGUGAACCUACGGGAAGAGAUGGUUUUGGAGGGCAACGAGCAGACCUACACCCUCCGGGAACCCGGACACCUGGACAGGCUGAUUCCGGUGCCAGCUACAUCGCCUGAGCAGCUGGAGAAACUGGAGUCACAGCUGCAGGCUGACUUGCUGGCUUCCCAGAAGGGGCUGGAGGUGUCCUUGGAGCCAGAAAAGCCGAAGAAGUUGUUGAAGAGCUGUAUGACCAUGCAGGAUGUCUUCAACCUGCACAAGGGCACCCACAAGGGGCUGCUGUACUACAGGGUCCCCAUCCCUGACUUCUGUGCUCCCAGGGAGCAGGAUUUUGACCGACUCCUGGAAGUGAUGAAGAUCGCUUUGGCCAAGGACGCGGACACCGGCUUCGUCUUCAACUGCCUGAGCGGCCAGGGCCGGACCACAACCGCCAUGGUGAUCGCCGUCCUCAGUCUCUGGCACUCCAGCCAGGGCGUCCCCGAGAUGGGUGAGGAGGAGAUCGUCAGCGUGCCCGAUGCCAAGUACACCAAGGGGGAGUUUGAGGUGGUGAUGAAGGUGGUCCAGCUCCUUCCCGAUGGACACCGAAUGAAAAAGGAAGUGGACAUGGCCUUGGACACCGUGAGCGAGACCAUGACACCCAUGCACUAUCACCUGCGGGAAAUCAUCAUCUGCACCUACCGACAGGGGAAGGCGGCCAAGGAAGAGCAGGAAGUGAGGACGCUGCAGUUGAGGAGUCUGCAGUAUCUGGAGCGCUAUAUCUACCUGAUCCUCUUCAACGCCUACCUGCACCUGGAGAAGAAGGGGUCUUGGCAGAGACCAUUCAGCGUCUGGAUGCGGGAGGUGGCAGCCAAGGCCGGCAUCUAUGACAUCCUCAACCAGCUGGGCUUUACUGAAUUCGAGACCACGGAGAAUCAGCCUCUUUCACAGCUGCGCUACCGCUGGAAGGAACCAAGCCUCGGCCCCAUGCCUUUUCGGGGGUCCUUAACAUAGGAAGUCCACCCUCUCUCUUCCUUCUUCCCUUCCGCCUCUCCUCCCCCACCUCCUCUGUCUCCUAUGGCCCUGCAUAGCACCUUGGGAAGUGGCACAUGCACAGAUGUGAGUGUUGCAUGUGAGAGAGAAUAAAUGAGAACUGCCUUAAUAAAGGAAAUGUUUUAGGGGUCAUCCAGAUGUAACAAUCUCUAUUACAAAGGAAGUCCUGACACGAGAGGGACAUUUUAUGGACACCUUUCCCAAGAGCUCUGCUGUCUGCAAUCCCUCUGGAUCAGGCCGAUCUUUUGUUUCUCCUUGGGCCGUGGCCUGGUUGCCACUCUGCAUUCCCCAGACCCGCUCUUCCUUAGUUCCUUGGGGUGUCUCGGUCAUGUCAGUGCCAGAGUUUCAUCCACCCCUGCCAUAUUAGGCUAAGGAUAUCUUCUUGGUUGUGCGCACAUGUGUGUCCGUGUGUGUCUGAGUGCAUGUAUUUAUAACCCCGAUGUUGAUUAUUGCUCUGUUCUCCAUCAUCACCUCCCACAGGCUCAAGAAAAAACCCCACCCUUCCCCUUCCUUUCUCCCCUUGCUUGGCCCGGGGCUACCUUUGUCUCUGCCAUUGCUCACUUCUCCUGCAGAAGCUGCUGGGAAGAGAAUGCUGAGGUGUCCCAGCGUGGCACCUCCCUGGAUGCCGGCUGUGACGGGGGAAGAAAAAAUGAAACAACUCUUCCAGGUGGAAGGAACAGAUACAAGCAGACCAACCUCAGAAGAGAGUCUAAAGGGAAGGGUCCAGGUAGAGGGAUGGGGCUGUCGAUGGAGGUAGGCUACAACCCCGGGUCCCCUUGGUGAUGAACGGCACGGAGAAGGAGGAUGAGGAGGCCGGGGAUGUAGAAGGCAUUGGAGGAGGAAGGAAGCGGCUCACUUACCUGAAGAUAAAACCCUCCAGGACCAGAGCCCCACCUUGCCCCUCCACUGCUGUGCUGAGUCCCUGAGAAGCAUCUCACAGGCCCACCCAGCACAGGCCACCCCAAGAAUUGAUCUUUCUCUUCAUGCGGGCUGGUCCCACCACUUCAGAACCUCUCGGGGGGCUGAGGGGGCCGCUAAGUGAAUCCUCCCAUUGGGGAAAUGCCAGGCACCCAGCGGAGGAUGUGAUGGGACUAUCCGGGCCAUGGGGGAGCAUAUUCUAGUGCCAUCUUUGGAGGGCUGGUGGGGAGGCCUGCAGGUGGCCUGUAAGUCCUGCUCCAUCCUUACUAACAACCAUCAUCCGACGAGAGAGGAAAAAUUUUCUUUCUUCGCCGGCAGUUAGGUCCCAGUCCCAAAAGGACCCCGGGAGCAUAUUUGCGUAGUUGAGACAGUUGCUACAGGAAAGUAUUUGUUCAUCAAACUGAUUGGCUUUCUUUUUUAUUAUUAUUCUUAUUUUAUCUUUUUCCCCAAGGCACACUGUGGGGCUUUGAAACACUCGGACUCUUUCUUUCUUGGUCCAAGCUUCCUUUGACAAACGUGAAUAUUUUAUCUUGAUUUUUGCAGGGGUUGGAGAACCAAUCCUGUAGACAUAAUGGAAAAUAUUUGAUUGUCUCUGCUGUAUUUUCUUUGUAAAACUACUGUACAUCUGUGUGCCACCUGUAGAUCUUUCGUGUUUUGCAUUGUUUUCUUUUUUUUAAAAAAAAUUUCUGCACGAGCAGGGCACAAUUCAGGUUUCAGAGCUCAGAGCCAAGCUGAAACUUCCAAGUUCUCAUCCUGCUUCUGACCUGCCCUCUCUCCCCAGGGCCACCCAUUCUGAUUCUGCUGUGGCCUUUGGCAAGUCACUUUACCUCUCCGCCUCAGUUUCCACAUCUAUACAGUGGGAACAAUACUUGCCUACCUCACAGGGGUGUUGUGAGGGUUAAUUCUCUUUUUUGUACAGUGCUUACAGCAAUAAAAAGUGCUAAGUGAUUGUUUUUGUGA